GUCGCUUGGGAGCCGAUUGGUUGAUCGAGAGUUUAGGCUCUGAAAGCGAAGGAGAAGAUCUCAGUCUUGACAGUCUGCAAUACUGGCUCCCUAGCAACUUCUGGAUAUGGAACCGCCCUAGGAAUUAUCACUGCUCUCCAUGAGCUCGAUCGAUUAGAACACACCUACUUCAUGCAAACUACUCCUUAUCUACAAGGCGCUAGACUCACCAGUUUAGAGCUUCAAGCUCUUUCGAUCCCUUGCUCCAUGGUCUGUGACUCCGCCGUUGGAUGGCUGAUUCAAUCCGGAAAGGUUGACGCUUUUAUCGCGGGUGCAGACCGGAUUGCUUCCAACGGAGACACCGCCAACAAGAUAUCAACCUACCAGAUUUCAUUAAUCUGUAAACAUGGGAACAACCCCAAACUGAAGCCGAAUAUCCCUGUGGUAAUCGCGGCGCCGCGCACGACGAUCGAUUUAAAGAUUGACUCUGGCAAGGCGAUCCACAUUGAAGAACGAUCAAGUUUGGAGGCUUGUUCAGUGAGAGGGAAAGUGAUUGGGGAGGGGCCGAAGGAGGAUCUUGAGGUGGCUACUGUCCUCGUUACCCCCGAAAACACCGUCGCCCUUAAUCCCGCGUUCGACGUCACUCCGGCUCAUUUGAUCGACGCUAUUGCUACUGAAGUCGGCGUGAUCGUGAAGGAUCAUGGUCAAGAUCAAUUCAAUUUGAGGUGCUAUUUCAAGUAGCUUUGGUCCACAAAAAAAACCCAUUUAUUUUCCCUGUUGGAAACUCUCAACCCUCUGAUUGACAGAAAAGGAAAAGGAUACCUCUUGUAUUUGACUCUCUCAUAUAUGAUUUCUUCAGGAUUGAAUAAGAAGAAAAUCAGCUCAUACGAUCCCAUGUAAUUGUAUACCACCAUUUUUCAUUUUUUUGUUUGGCCUCUUUCUAAUGGGAAACAAGCUUUAGAAUCAACCCUUUUUUUGGAGGAAAGCUCUUAUGUUUCUAACUUGC